GUGAUUUAGAACACAAAUAGCCGCUGCAGGAUGUUUACAGUAUAAUAAUUGAUUAGUCAUUCUGCUGUAUUCACGGUAUUGUAUAGUCAGCCGUAAGUCAUGGUGAUGAUGAAGUCGGUAGUUUUAGUGUUAUUGCUCCAAAUUUAUAUUGUGUGCACUGUCAGGUACCAACCAAACUGGGAUUCUCUGGACACGAGACCACUACCCGAGUGGUACGAUAAGUCCAAAAUUGGAAUUUUCCUACACUGGGGAGUGUUUUCGGUUCCUGCUUUCAAGGGUGCUUGGUUUUGGUAUGAAUGGAAAACUCAAAAGGACAAGGAUGUGGUGAAAUUUAUGCAAGAUAAUUAUCCUCCAGAUUUCACUUAUGCAGAUUUUGCCUCACAGUUCCAUGCUACAUUCUACAAUCCUGACCAGUGGGCGGAUCUCUUCGAGGCAUCUGGGGCGAAAUACGUAGUAUUGGUAACCAAGCACCAUGAGGGCUUCACUCUCUGGCCCUCUGCUGCCUCCUGGAACUGGAACGCCUAUGAUGUCGGACCACACAGAGACCUUGUCGGUGCCCUUGCUGAUUCCAUAAGAAACAGGACAGACAUCCACUUUGGAGUGUACCAUUCUCUGUUUGAGUUCUACAACCCGCUGUAUCUCCAGGAUGUGGCCAACAAACAUAAGACUCAAGACUUUGUUAGGAACAAGGCCCUACCAGAGCUGUAUGAACUGGUCAACCGAUACAAGCCUGAUGUCGUGUGGUCUGAUGGAGACUGGAAUGAAAACAGUACCUACUGGAACUCCACCGAGUUUCUGGCCUGGCUGUUCAAUGACAGCCCGGUGAAGGACACAGUGGUCACCAAUGACCGGUGGGGGAAGGACGCCAACUGUAAACAUGGAAGCUUCUGGAACUGUCAGGACAAGUUUAAACCAGGGAAAAUCUUCAAACACAAGUGGGAGAACUGUAUGACAGUAGACAAGAAGGCAUGGACUCAUCGGCGCCAGAUACAGAUUGAGGAUGUUCUUACAAUAGAGGAACUGCUGGCGGAAAUUGCAGAAACUGUCAGUUAUGGGGGUAAUAUCCUGAUUAAUGUGGGACCAACGGCUGACGGAGUUAUCGUCCCUGUUUUUGAAGAGCGGCUCCGACAAAUGGGACAGUGGCUUAAGGUCAACGGAGAGGCCAUUUACGAGACCCAUCCCUGGUUCGAAGGCACAGAUAAUAUAACAUUCCAUGGAGUUUGGUAUACCACGAAGAAGCAAGGAAAUAGUACAGUGGUAUAUGGUAUUGUCACAAUGUGGCCCCAAGACAACAGGCUUCUCCUAGGUCUGCCUGUCACCACGGCAACCACCAGGGUCACAAUGAUUGGUGUUAAGGAGCCAUUAAAAUGGUCUUUGUACAAGAAUAUUGCCAUGCAAAUUGAGUUCCCUCUUCUACCUCCUAACCAGAUGCCAUGCAAGUGGGCAUGGGUUAUCAAAAUGGAGAAUCUCAAAAAUCAAUAAGAAUGGAUGUACAAUUGUUUAAAGUGUGAGCUUUUUCAAAAUUUUAUCAUGCAACUUAAAGUCUCGUUCUCAGUUGUUUUGCAUUUUUUUUUAUUGGAUGCUGUGACUAAUUGU